GCAGCUCAGGAAGAGCAGGAUCCAGAUGCGGUCGAUGAAAUGCCAGAUCAAGCACAUGGCAAAACGCAGCAGGGAUAUGAGGAUUCGGAUGGAGCGCCUGCAGCAAGCCGCCGCUCAUGGUAUCCAGGCUGAUGAUCAGAACGCUGCGCGCGGGGAGACUGCGAUUCAGGUCGUGAACUAUGAG